UCAUGGCCAGUGACGUCACACCCGGGGGCCGGGAGCGUCACGUGACUGUGCAGGCUGUAGAGCUGUGUGUAUACAGGAACAGGAAUUGCUUGCUGCUUAUGUUCAAUGCUUCAAGGCAAGCUGCGUUAUUGUCACUGUGGGAUGGAUGUCCACGAAUGUUGUGUUAAGAGCAAAUAAAAAUGUCUGGUUUUAGUCCUGAGCUUAUUGAUUACCUGGAAGGUAAAAUUUCCUUUGAGGAGUUUGAGAAGCGACGAGAAGAAAGACAGGCUCGUGAUAAAAAGGAUGUUUCAAGUGUAAUAACUGCAGACACUACAGCUGGUGACUCUUAUGAUCCUUGUGUUCCUUCCACAUCAAAAUGUGCAGUGUACAAUGAGGACAAAGAGGAAACAGCAGAUGGUGUCAGCAAGUCUGUUCAACGCGCAUUUGCAUCAAUGCUUGGAGAGGAUGAUGGCGAGGAAGAAGAUGAAGAGGAGGAUGGAGAUGAUACCGGUCAGCAACCAUCUGCUGGGGAUGUCUUCGCCUUGGAAAUGGAAAUUAAUAGAGAAAACAAAAAGAUGAUGAAGGCAAAAAGACCUCGCAGUAAGCUUCCUAGAGCCCUCCGGGGGCUCAUGGGUGAGGCUAACAUUCGGUUUGCCCGAGGAGAGGGAGAGGAAGCCAUAAUAAUGUGUAUGGAAAUCAUUAGACAAGCUCCUCUGGCAUAUGAACCUUUCUCAACGCUCGCCAUGAUAUAUGAGGACCAAGGGGACAUGGAAAAAUCGCUGCAGUUUGAGCUGAUUGCUGCUCAUCUGAACCCCAGUGACACCGAAGAGUGGGUCCGACUAGCCGAGAUGUCUUUAGAACAAGACAACAUCAAGCAGGCCAUAUUUUGCUAUGCUAAAGCACUAAAAUAUAAUCCUACAAAUGUCCGUUACUUGUGGGAAAGGUCAAGCUUAUAUGAGCAGGUGGGAGAACAUAAACUGGCAAUGGAUGGAUAUCGUCGUAUCCUAAAUCUGUUGUCUCCUGCUGACGGGGAUCGCUUCAUGCAGCUAGCAAGAGAUAUGGCCAAGAGUUAUUAUGAAACCAACGAUGUUUCCUCUGCCAUCGUUAUUAUUGAAGAAGCGUUUUCCAAGCACAAAAAUCUUGUUGCAAUAGAGGACGUCAAUAUUGCUGCUGAACUUUACAUCUCCAACAACCAAUACGAUAAAGCACUUGAGGUUAUUACACAGUUCUCAGGGAUUACACUAAAUAAAAAGGAGGACUCCAGCCCUGAAGAUACUUCAGAGAGUGUUCUGUGUCAUGUACCAGAUGGAGUUCCAAUAGAUAUUACAGUGAAGAUGAUGCUUUGUUUGAUCCAUCUAAAUAUACUGGAGCCAGUCGGUCCCAUGUUGACAUCCUUAAUGGAGCAGAAUCCAGAAGAAAUGGGAGAUUUGUAUCUAGAUGUGGCAGAAGCUUUUCUUGAUAUUGGAGAAUAUAAUUCUGCAUUACCUCUCCUUAGUGCACUGGUGUGCUCUGAAAAAUAUAAUCUGGCUGUUGUUUGGCUACGACAUGCAGAUUGUUUAAAAGCUCUGGGGCACAUGGAGAGUGCUGCAGAGAGUUACUGUAAGGUGGUGGAUAUGGCUCCCCUGCACUUGGAUGCUAGGAUCUCUCUCUCUACACUUCAACAGCAACUUGGUCACCCAGAAAAAGCAUUGGAGGCAUUAGAACCAAUGUAUGAUCCAGAUACAUUGGCACAGGAUGCAAAUGCUGCCCAACAAGAACUUAAACUUUUACUCCAUCGGUCCACCCUACUUUUCUCUCAGGGAAAGAUGUACGAUUAUGUGGAUACUUUACUCACUAUGCUUGCCAUGCUCCUGAAAAUUGCAAUGAAUCGUGCACAGGUCUGUUUGAUUUCCAGUUCAAAAUCUGGGGAAAGGCAUUUGUAUCUUAUUAAAGUCUCUAGGGAUAAAACAUCUGACACUGAUGAGCAAGAGACUGCAAAUUCUGAUGCAAAAGCCAUUUUUGCUAUUCUUACUAGUGUGCUGACCAAGGACGACUGGUGGAAUCUCCUUUUAAAGGCAAUUUACGCCUUAUGUGACCUAGCCCGGUAUAAAGAAGGAGAGCUGCUGGUAGACUCUUCAUUGGAAUAUUACUCAUUUUAUGACGACCGCCAAAAGAGGAAAGAGUUGGAGUAUUUUGGACUUUCCACAGCUAUUCUUGACAAGAACUUUAGAAAAGCAUACAAUUAUAUAAGAAUAAUGUUGAUGGAAAAUGUGAACAAACCUCAGCUCUGGAAUAUCUUCAACCAAGUCACAAUGCAUUCCCAGGAUGUGAGGCAUCAUCGCUUCUGCCUGAGACUGAUGCUCAAAAAUCCUGACAACCUGGCACUGUGUGUACUUAGCGGUCAUAAUGCAUUUGUGUCUGGAAGCUUUAAACAUGCUCUUGCUCAAUAUGUCCAAGCCUUUCGAAUGAAACCUGAUGACCCCAUGCACAGUCUUUGUAUUGGAUUAACAUUUGUUCAUAUGGCAUCUCAGAAGUUUGUGUUAAAAAGGCAUGCUCUGCUAGUACAGGGGUUUUCAUUCUUGAAUCGAUAUCUUGACUUACGAGGCCCUUGCCAGGAGACAUACUACAACCUUGGACGUGCACUCCAUCAAAUGGGGCUAACGCACCUUACAAUACAGUAUUACCAGCAAGCAUUGGAGCUCCCACCGCUUCAGUUACAGGGGAUCGAUGAGGACCAAGUGGACCUUCGCAGAGAGAUUGCCUUCAAUUUAUCUCUCAUUUACCAGAGCAGUGGCAACAUAGAAAUGGCUCGCAGGCUUUUGUAUACUUAUUGUGUCAUAUAAUGAAUGUUGUUGUAAUUUGUUUUUGUUUUUUAGUUGUAUUGUAUUAAAAUAAAUAUAUGCUAUUUAAUGUACUGUA